UCCCCUUUAACACUUCUCUCCCCCCCCCCUGCCCCCCAGGUGUUCUUUCGGGCAGGGACCUUGGCUAAGCUGGAGGAGGAGCGAGAUACGCAGCUGUGCAGAAGCAUCACCCUCUUCCAGGCCGCCUGCCGGGGAUUCCUGGCACGCCAGCACUUCAAGAAGAGGAAGAUCCAGGACCUGGCCAUCCGCUGCGUUCAGAAGAACAUCAAGAAGAACAAGGGAGUGAAGGACUGGCCUUGGUGGAAGCUCUUCACCACCGUCCGGCCUCUCAUUGAAGUCCAGCUCACGGAGGACCAAAUCAGGGCCAAAGAUGAAGAAAUCCAGCAGCUGAAGGGCCGUUUGGAGAAAGUGGAGAAGGACCGGAACGAACUGCGGCUGAGCAGCGACCGCCUGGAGGGCAAGGUCGCAGAGUUGACGUCGGAGCUAACGGACGAGAGGAACACAGGAGAAUCGGCUUCCCAGCUUCUGGACGCGGAGACGGCCGAACGCCUCCGGGCAGAGAAGGAGAUGAAGGAACUGCAGGCCAAGUACGAUGCCCUCAAGAAACAGAUGGACUCCAUGGAGAUGGAAGUGAUGGAGGCCCGCUUGAUCCGGGCGGCUGAGCUCAACGGGGAGAUGGACGAUGACGACACAGGUGGGGAAUGGCGCCUGAAGUACGAGCGGGCAACGCGGGAGAUCGACUUCACCAAAAAGCGGCUGCAUCAGGAGUUUGAGGACAAGCUGGAGGAGCAGCAGCAGAGCAAGCGGCAGCUAGAGAGACGGCUGACCGACUUGCAGGCGGACAGCGAGGAGACCCAGCGGGCACUGCAGACCCUGAAGAAGAAAUGCCAGCGGCUGACGGCCGAACUGCAGGACACGAAGCUCCACCUGGAAGGGCAGCAGGGCCGCAACCACGAGCUGGAGAAGAAGCAGCGCCGGUUUGACGGCGAGCUUUCCCAGGCUCACGAAGAGGCGCAACGCGAGAAACUCGGGCGGGAGAAACUGGGACGAGAGAAGGACAUGUUGAUGGCGGAGGUCUUUGGCCUCAAGCAGCAGCUGGAGGAGAAGGAGGCCCAGAUCGCCACCUCCAGCCAGAAGCUCCAGGGCCUGGAGGCCGAGCUGCAGGACCUCUCCUGCCAGGAGUCCAAGGACGAAGCCUCCCUCGCCAAAGUCCGCAAGCAGCUGCGCGACCUGGAGGCCAGAGCCAAAGACCAGGAGGAGGAGCUGGACGAGCAGGCGGGCACCAUCCAGAUGCUGGAGCAGGCCAAACUCCGACUGGAGAUGGAGAUGGAGAGGCUGCGACAGACGCACUCCAAGGAAGUGGAGAGCCGCGACGAGGAAGUGGAGGAGAUCCGCCAGUCGUGUCAGAAGAAGGUGAGCCAGGUGGCCAGAAUGUGGCGGCUCAUUCGGAAGGUCGCCAAAGGGGAAAUCGCGGGAUACUGCAACCGGCGUAAAAAUGAGUCCGUUGCCGAGUGCCUAAAUGUUGAUCGCAUGACCCUGGGUCGCAAGUGUGAGGAACGGUCAUAA